CAAUUUAAUUAGCUAAUUUCGCAUGCUGUUCUUGGAUUUUUGUUUACACUAAAUUGUGGCACUUCUCACAUUCAUGAGUCAGACAGACAGACACAGCUGCCUCGAACGAUGUCAGUUCUUUCCAUAAUGUUUAAACAGCCGUCGAGUUCAAUUAGAUUCAGGGUCACAGCGUACAAUCGGCUCGAAAGCAAGCCACAAAACUGAAAUGUAUCCGCGUUUCGUUAGACAUUUGAUCGCCUCUAUUAGCCGCUUGAAGACAGAAAUAAAAUACUCAGUUGACUGGUGUCCGACAUGAAUCUGCUAAUCUGGAUGUGCCUUGCCGUCUCCCUGGUCAGUGUCAGUGGCAUUUUCUUCGAUUCGAAAGCUACGACGGGAAAGCAGGGCUCUGACGACGAUGAUUUUAUGGGCGGACUAAAGCAAUUCUUUGGAUAUAAUGCAGACACGAACACAAGCCGUCACAACAAAACAUCACAGAAGGAAUCAACAGAAUCGUCAUCGGGCUUUUACGAUGAGGUGGACACGGCACUCGAACAUGCAACAGACUCGAUGGACGGUCUAUGGCAGCAAUUUAAAAAGGGCCUCUUCAGUCUAAUGGGCAGUUUCAGUGCCGGCGAUGAGGAUGAUGAUGGACUCAAUGCAUCAAUAACACCGGCUCCAGGCCUGCAGCAAAUGAAGCCAAUUGCAAACCCAACGUUGGCUGUAAGCGAGACAACCUUGCCACCAACCGGAACACCGACAACGGUUAGAAUAAUAACUGCUACUACAACGCCGGCGAUUCCGACUACAACUUCGGGAACUGCAUCGACAGUGGAAACAACUACAGUUGUAAAUAUAGUCAGCAGUUCUACUAGCAGCAGUACCUUGGCUCCAUGAUAAGAAAUUGUGUCGCUUAACCUUCUGUCAUUAUUUGCUCCUCAACUGGCUUGUGCAUGUAUUUAUACAACGGGAAUGUAAAUAACAUAUAAGUGUCUUCCCAAAACAACAACGUA